AUGACUGACGACUCUCAGAGGAACUUUUGUUCAGUCUACUAUGAGAAAGUUGGGUUUUGUGGAGUUGAAGAAAAGAAAUCACUGGAAAUCCUCCUGAAAGAUGUCCCACCCAUAUACUGUGCAUUGGUAUGGAUGGCGCUUCUAGGCAUCUUGACUCCAGACCAUGACUCUUACACCCAGGUGAAGGCCUACCGGAAAGACCAGUACUGUGACAUCCCCCAUGCCCUGACAGUAGUUCGCUUCAUGAGUGAUGCCAUGAUGCAGGUUGAAGUGUGUCUUUGCAUGUGUCUGCUUGCGUUGGGGAAGUUGCCUCGAAGUCCCUCUUUUCCUCUGGAGCCGGAGGAUGAAGUCUUUCUCGCCAUUGCUCAAGCCAUGGAAGAGAUGGUAGAAGACAGCAUAGACUGUUACUGGAUCUCCCAGUGCUCCAUGAAGCAGUUAAAUAACAAGUACCGGGACUCCUUACCUCAGCUGCCCAAGACUUUUGAACAGUACUUAAAUCUGGAAGACAGUAGGCUGCUAGAUCACCUGAAGACGUGUUCUGAGGUAGCCAAACGUCCCUAUGAUCUCUGGUUCAAAAGGUGCUUCUCGGGAUGCCUAACUGACUCCAGUGCAGAGAAGAUAACAAAGUUCCUGGAAAAUAUUCCUCAGGACAGCUCAGACGCCAUCGUGAGCAAGGCCAUUGACUUGUGGCACAAACACUGCAGGACCCCAGUGCAUUCAGCCUGA